ACCCAGAUGAUGCCAGAGCUAUGACCGGGCCUGCAGGCGUGGCGCCGAGGGGAAAUCAGCCAUGGAGCAGCCACCGGGGGAAGCCGCUGAGGUCCGGGAAGAGGAGGAGAAAAAGGAAGUGGCAGAGGCAGAAGGAGCCCCAGAGCUCAAUGGAGGACCAGAGCGCUCGCUUCCUUCCAGCAGCUAUACAGACCUCUCCCGGAGCUCCUCGCCACCAUCACUGCUGGACCAGUUACAGAUGGGCGGUGAUGGGGCAUCGUGUGGCAGCCUCAACAUGGAGUGCCGUGUGUGCGGGGACAAGGCAUCGGGCUUCCACUACGGUGUCCAUGCGUGUGAGGGGUGCAAGGGCUUCUUCCGUCGGACGAUCCGCAUGAAGCUGGAAUAUGAGAAGUGCGAGCGGAUCUGCAAGAUCCAGAAGAAGAACCGCAACAAGUGCCAGUACUGCCGCUUCCAGAAAUGCGUGGCACUGGGCAUGUCGCAUAAUGCCAUCCGCUUUGGCCGGAUGCCAGAGGCCGAGAAGAGGAAGCUGGUGGCAGGGCUGACAGCAAACGAGGGGACUCAGCACAACCCACAGGUGGCUGACCUGAAGGCCUUCUCCAAGCAUAUCUACAACGCCUACCUGAAAAACUUCAACAUGACCAAAAAGAAGGCCCGUGGCAUCCUUACGGGCAAGGCCAGCCACACGGCGCCCUUUGUCAUCCACGACAUCGAGACGUUGUGGCAAGCAGAGAAGGGCCUGGUGUGGAAGCAGCUGGUGAACGGCCUGCCACCCUACAAGGAGAUCAGCGUGCACGUCUUCUACCGCUGCCAGUGCACCACAGUCGAGACUGUGCGUGAGCUUACGGAGUUUGCCAAGAGCAUCCCCAGCUUCAGCAACCUCUUCCUCAACGACCAGGUGACCCUUCUCAAGUAUGGUGUACACGAGGCCAUAUUCGCCAUGCUGGCCUCCAUCGUCAACAAGGACGGCUUACUGGUGGCCAAUGGCACCGGUUUUGUCACCCGUGAGUUCUUGCGAAGCCUCCGAAAACCCUUCAGUGACAUCAUCGAGCCCAAGUUUGAGUUUGCUGUCAAGUUCAAUGCCCUGGAACUUGAUGACAGUGACUUGGCUCUCUUCAUUGCAGCCAUCAUUCUCUGUGGAGACCGACCAGGCCUCAUAAACGUGCCCCAGGUGGAGGCCAUCCAGGACACCAUCCUGCGUGCCCUCGAGUUCCACCUGCAGGCCAACCACCCCUACGCCCAGUACCUCUUCCCCAAGCUGCUGCAGAAGAUGGCCGACCUGCGGCAGUUGGUCACCGAGCACGCGCAGAUGAUGCAGCGCAUCAAGAAGACCGAGACGGAGACCUCGCUGCACCCCCUGCUCCAGGAGAUCUACAAGGACAUGUACUAAGGGUGUGCGCCCGGGGCCUCCAGGGGUGAACGGACAGAGCCAGGACUUUCUGUGGAAUAACCCCCGAGCCAUGGGAUCAGUCCUGUGCGCAGACACACGGCCACUUGUUCCCUGCCUUCCCCUACCCCCACCUUUUCCAUCCGCCUCUUUCUCAGACCCUCUUUCUUUUCUCAUUUCUUUGCGCGCUCUCUCUCUCCCUUUCUAUGGGUUUCCACCUUCCUUCCUCCCUCGCCUUCUCUCACCUUCCCUCUGUGUCUCCCCAUCCCUUUGUGUGCCCCUCUUUCUCUCUGUGAGACAGUUUGUGUUACUUCACCAGCAGCAUGAAACGGGUCCUCUGCUUUCGUCCGCCUCAUCCCCUGUCCCCCAGGAGCAGGGGGGGAAUGGGCCUUCCCUCUGUAUGAACAUUUUACCUGCAAGGGUAGGGGCCUUGCUUCUGUCUUCACAGCAAAGGACUUGGGCCAGCCAAAGAAACACUAA